AUGUCAGGAACAGCAGUUCAAUUCCAACUAUCCGCCCCAAAGGGCCAAUUCACCGAAGUCGCCGUCCCACGACCGAUCCCCGGCCCUAACGAAAUAUGCAUCCGCACCAAAGCAGUGGCUUUGAACCCCCUCGACGCAAAGCAAUAUGCCCACGGGAUGCUCGUGCAAUCCUGGCCCGCCGUUCUUGGAGUCGAUGCAUCCGGCAUCGUCGAGUCCGUCGGCGAGUCAGUCCAGGAUUUCCAACCCGGGGAUGAAGUCUUCGGGUUCUGCGGCAUGGGGAAUCGAUCUGCUGCGUUCCAGGAAGUUAUUACCGUCAACUCUCGAUAUAUGGCGAAAAAGCCGGCGAGUCUUAGUUUCGAGGAGGCCGCGUCACUCCCCAUCUGCCAUAUCACCGCAGCAGCAGCAAUAGCAGUCGGGUUACAAGUGCCAUUACCUCAUCUACACCCUAAGCAGGAGCAAAACCACAACUUAAACACCAUCCUCGUCCUCGGCGGCAGCUCCGCCGUCGGUGCAGCAGCCAUCCAACUCCUCCGACUAGCUCUUCCCGCCGCAACAAUCCUCACCACCAGCUCCAAACAACACCAUCCGCAUCUCAUCUCGCUAGGAGCAACGCACUGCUUCGAACGUUCCACGCAUGAAAACCCCUCUAUCAUCCAAGCCGUCACACCAAACAACUCCGGCGUCGACGCAAUACUCGACGCCGUGGGCGCCGCGGCACAUCAGCCCGCUGUAUUCGGCGCGCUGGACCCUGCCGGGCGGAUGUUAUAUUCCGAGGUUGACACCGGGGUCCGAGUUCCGGUUCCAGAUGGAGUUAACGGGAUUGUUGUUUCGGGUCAGCAUAUUCUUGGUGUUCCUGGCGGGAAGGAGGUUAUGUCGGCGCUUGCUGGAUUGGUAGAGUCGGGACGGUAUGAGCUUCCGGUGAGGGUUGAGGUUGUUGGGAGGGGGUUUGAGGCGAUUAGGACUGGGUUGGGGAUGUUGGAGGGUGUUAGUGGGACGAAGCUUGUUGUUAGUUUGUAG